AAGUAGUUAAAUUACCCACCAGCCAAGAAAAGAACGCCCACGCCACGCCACGCCACGCCACCUCUCCGUUUUCAGCGGCGAGAGUGAGACAGGGCAGGUGCCGAAAUGGGCAACCGCGGCCGUCCCACCGCCGACGUGGCCAAGCGUGAGAAGAAGAAGAAGAAGAAGAAGGGCCGCCCCUCCCUUCUCGAUCUCCAGAAACGAAGCCUCCGCCAGCAGCAGCAGCAGAAUAAGCCCAGCCCUAACCCUAACCCCAAUCGUCAAUUCCCUCAAUCCUCCUCGCGCCGCGCCACCCGGCGAAAUCCUAACCCCCUGCAGGAAGACCCUCGUCCGUCCCUGCCCCAGGGGGACGAGGAUGAGAACGAGGGGAAGCGGGAGGAAGGCGGCGGCUCCGGCGCCAAGCGCAAGGAGAAGAAGCUUAAAUUCGUGCUCAACCUUCCCUCGCGCUCGGCUGGGUCCUCCUCUGACUCUGAAGGCCCCGAACCCAAGCGGAGCAAGACUAGUCAUGGAGAUCGUGACACAAAGGGCGAGAGCAAUAUUUUCCGGAAAGCGACCGACUCGAUUCGAGCAGGAGGCCAAGCUGAUUUGGGCCCCACGACGCCUUUGCCCGACCAAAAGUUGUUGGUUUUCAUUCUCGAUAGGCUACAGAAGAAAGAUACCUAUGGUGUCUUCUCAGAGCCAGUAGAUCCAGAAGAGCUUCCUGAUUAUCAUGAAGUCAUAGAGGAACCGAUGGAUUUUGGAACUGUGAGGAUGAAAUUGUUAGGCAGAGAAUAUAAUAAUCUGGAACAGUUUGAGAAUGAUGUUUACUUAAUCAGCUCAAAUGCCAUGCGCUAUAAUGCACCAGACACUAUCUAUUUUAGACAGGCAAGAGUGAUUCAAGAGCUUGCUAAAAAGAAUUUUGAGAACUUAAGGCAUGAAAGUGAUGAUAAUGAACCUGAAGCAAAGACAGUCAUUAGGAGAGGCAGACCACCAAGCAAAAACAAAAAGGUUGGACAACCUCCUGCUCUAUGUGCUGUGCGAGGCUUGUCAUCUGACGCAACAGUUGCAAAUGCUUGGGAUGGUACUAAGCUACCUAAUCUAGCAAAAGACUUUUCAAGAACUGGAGUGUUAUGUGACAACCUUGGCGUAGGAAAUACACCCUUCAGGGCUUUAUAUGGUGGUCUUGGUUCUAGUACAUUUGGAUGGAUUCCUCAGCAAAAUGCAAAUAGAGAGGAUGAAUCCUUAGGAUCUGCACUUAGAGGAGUUUCAAGAGUUGGGAAGAAACUAACUAUCUUUGAGGAGAACCGUCGUGAUACUCAUAAGCAGUCUUCUAUUUUUAGCUGUAUACACAAAUCUCCAAUCUCUACUACUUUUGAUGCGGUUAGGAAGCAACUUGUACCAGUUGGUCUUCAUUUGGAAUUUGCAUAUGCAAGAAGCUUGGCUCGUUUUGCUGCAAAGCUUGGCCCCAUUGGCUGGGUCCUGGCAGCCAAAAGGAUUCAAAUGGUAUUGCCUCCUGGAACUAAGUUUGGUCCUGGCUGGGUUGUAGAAAAUGGAUCUACACAUAACCCUAAAUCACCUAUGGUGGUUUCAUCUUCCAAUCCCCUAGAAGAUCCUGGAAUGUCUGGAAAUACAUCUACAAUUGACAAAUACCAUGUGAGCCAGGAAAUACCUCCACGUGAUUCAGUCGCUGAGGAAGGACACAUCAACAGAUCGAUCCAGCCUGCGUCCUCUGUUGCACCUAAUGCUAUCUCUGGUUCUUCAGAAGAUCCAUUGCCUGUCAGAGGCCCAAAUGGCUCUAUUUCUUUGGUGAACAAUUGCAGCACUAAGACAAUUCCGUCAAAGGUUCUUCGGCAAAAUCAAAACCCAGAAAUGCAACCCAUCAUCAAUGGGUUAAAUUCUGCGUGUGAUGUUAACUCGGUUUCUGAAUUUGGUAAGAUGGCAAGACCAGCAGGUAUUCCGUCUGGUCACUUUGACUCAGAUGCACUUGUAAAGAAUGCAAAUGUGGCCCAUGCUCAAGAUUUUGACAUGCUUCCAAAGUCCAGCAGCAACAACUUGGCACACACAAGCGCAGGAAGGCAACCAUCAACGGAUGAUUCAAUCAAGACAAAUUCUAGCAGCUCGUUGCCAGAUCCCUGCAAAGGCUCAAAGUGUCCCCUUCAGGGUGUGACGGUGCUGCCUACGUUAGACUCUUCCCCUCCUGAUCUUAAUGUUGGAUUCCAACCACCUGGAUCAUCAGCUUCAGGUGUAGUAGUUGAUCAAAACAGCCGGAUUUAGCCUUGCAGCUUUGAGGGUAAAUUAUUUCUUCAAAUGACACCCAAAAGAUUUAUUAUCGUAGUUGCUACAAAGAUAUACGAGGAUAGUGAAGCAUUAUGAUUCACCACAUGCUGUUGUAACUGCUAAAAUUGGUUGUACAGAUUAAUUAGUAUUACUAAUUAGUCAACAAAAAUCUAUAAAGAUGAGCCAACCCCCUUAUGUAACGCUUCAUCGUAUCAUUUUGGUUUAUAACUGUGGCCUUCUUUGUAUCAUUUUAGGUACACAUUAAAGGAGUGCGUUUUUGUUUUAGGUACAAAUUAUGGUCACAAUUGUUAUAAUUGUAUUAAAUCAUGAUAAGUUGAAUGAUUUUGAUUAA